UAAAACAAUCAACAUUUUACACAUGCUUCGAAAACCAUAGCUUCCAAUUCCAUCCUUGCCAUUUACAUGACUUCAAUAAACUCCAAAAUCUAGCUCGUUUCUGGACUUCCUAAUGACUGCAACAAUGUCAAUUGCUAUUUCUACCCCAACAUCUUCUUUAUUGCAUUCUUCUUCUUCAACUCGGAAGAUCCCAUCUUUGUGUUAUUUCUCGAAUUCCGCAAUUCCAAUCCCUAAAAAUGCAAUCUUUAAGCAUAUUACAUGCGUGCCCAGCUUGGGUUUAGCUCAAUGGAGCGGCCUGAAGAAUAUGGGGGUUUCCACUUCGCAAUAUCCGGUGAAGAUAGCGAGGAAGGGGAAGUGUAAAGGUAAAGGAGUUUAUGCUUCUUUAUUUGGAGUUGGGGCACCUGAGGUUCUUGUCAUUGGGGUUGUGGCUCUCUUAGUUUUUGGGCCAAAAGGUCUUGCUGAGGUUGCCCGUAACCUUGGAAAAACUUUGCGUGCAUUCCAACCUACAAUAAGAGAACUUCAGGAAGUCUCAAGGGAAUUCAAGAGCACCCUUGAACGUGAAAUUGGACUCGAUGAUAUUGACACUCCAGUACCAAAACGUUCGAGUACCAACACAACUCAACCAGAAGCAAAUAUUGAACCGAAAACCGCAGAAGAUCCAGCUGAAAGUGCGAUAAAUAUGAAGGCCGAGCGAUUUAAAGGAGCACUUUCAGCGCUGAAAAAAGAGCAAGAGGAGGAGAGGAAACAGAAAGAGGAGGAAGAAAGACUGAAACAGGAAGCCCAACUGGAAUCGGAGGAUACCUCUCAAGAUGCCUCUGAAGCUCCGGAUAGUCUGAAAGCUCUAGAUACUAAUGAAGAAACCUCCUCGGUCACCUCUCCCCCUAAAGCUCUAGAUACCACUGAAGAAACCUCCUCGAUCACCCCUGCCCCGGAGAAUCCAAACAGCAAUACUCUUCAAGAAGCUGCUGCAGGAGCACCUACCGGCUCAGCUUCAAACACUGAAACAUAAAGUUGAGACUCUGAGAAAAAGUUUUGGGACGACAAUGACGGUGUAGAACAUAUAGCGUGACAGUCCUUAAACUGUCUGGACUUAGAGCAAUAAUGAGAUGUUUUAGUGUUUUUGGCAUUGUUGUAGUAUUUGCAUUUCGAAAAUUCUUUGAGACUGAAGAAUUCAAACUGGUAGUUAUGUAUCAGUAACACGUAUGAUGAAGGAUUAGACCAAUUGAACUUUUA